UAAUAUCAUGUGAUUUAAAUGACAUAUUAAAUGACACAUUUAUUUAUUAUGUUUGUCAAAUGCCUACAAGAAUUAUAGCUCUUAAAAAAUAUACUUUAAAAAAAAAUUGUCGUUAAAAUCAUGACACUUGCAUCGUGUGCAAAAGAUGUAAGAUUUUACAAAUGGCCCAAUAUUUCUUACUUUGGAAUAUACGAAACGCCAGUUGAUUGUAUGAGUAUAAAAAGUAUUUCCUGGUCCUCUAACAGUACAGAGCUUGUAGCAGUAAAAAGCAAAGGGUGUCCUGUUAUUCUUAAUGUACCUGUAAAAGCUGAACAAUUAGUUGAAGCAUUUGAAUGUACUUAUAUUGGAUGUGCAUCUGUGGGUACGUUUUCAAAUACAAAUCCAGAGUUAGUAGCAUUCGGAACGGAAGAUGGUAUUUUAAUUUAUAACACAAAACAUACUCGCCGUCAUCAGGAAUAUAUAAAAUUACCAAGUCCGAUACAAAAUAUAGAAUUUUCUUCAGAUGACCAAUGUUUUGCUGUUGGCUGUGUUAGUGGACAAAUAUUUUUAUUCGACAGUAACUAUAAACCUUGUGCUAGUUUUCUAGUAUCUAAUAGUCCAACUCUGUCUACUCUUGCUUACAGUAAAAUAACACCACAUCUAUUAGCAGGAGCUAGUAAAGAUGGUAUACUUUCCCUUUGGAAUACAGACACAACAGAUAAUCUAUUAACUACUAGAAAACAUACAGCAAGAGUAACAGAUAUUACAUUUUUUGACAGUAACAUUUCUUCAGUGGGUAUUGAUGGAAAAUUCAUUAGUUACGAUUUGCGCUCCUGCAAAACCUCUUGUUGCUGUGACCUAGAAUGCGCCUUGUCCAGUUUAGCUUACCUAAAUGGGACUAAUGAGUUGGCAAUUAGUACUAUGACUGGUCAGCUUAGAAGUUAUGACUCGAGGAAUAUGAAAACACCUUUAAAAACUUUAGUAGCACUUGCUAAUAGUAGUUUUAAAAAAAUCGCAUUCCCAUUUAACACUGAUAUAUCCGCUUUUCCGUGUUCAGGAAAAUCUAAAAAGUAUAGCGAUAAUUAUUCGGCAUCAGGCGAUUUCAGUUUAACUUCUGGAUCAUCUCCAAGACGAUCAAAUUUUACGCCUUUAAAAUUAGCUGCUGAAGGUCCUACUGAAGAAAGUACGUUCAAUACCUAUGAUACUGUAGCUUGUUCUAAAAAUACUGACACAACAGAUUUGGAAGAGUUUAGUAAGAUAGUAGAAGAAAAAAUUAAAAUAGCGACUAAAGAUUUCGAAGAAAAGCUACUGCAGAGUUUCUACGGUCUUAGGAUCAACACGAGCAAACAGUUUAUUGGCUUGGAAGAAAAAGUAUCGCAUAGUUGGAACACCUUCGUUGAUUAUUUGCGCUUUUCGGGACAAGGGUCCAAUUGCACCAGUUGCGCAGGUGUAGGGGUCCAAAAAAGCAACGAGAAAAUGGAACGUAACAGUGUUCAUUCUUAUGUUGUAAAUAAGGGUAAUGAGCAAUUUAAUAAUUAAUAUUUUUAUAAAAUAU